AUGAGUCGUUCAAUGACUGAACAGGAGAAAUGUGGUGAGGCUUCUUUACGUAUUUCUUGGACUCUUGCUAAGCAUAUGAAACCAUUUACCGAUGCUGACAUAGUAAAAGAAUGCAUGCUCGCGGCAGGCAAUGUUUUGUUUGAGAACAGAAAAGAUGUUGUUGAAACUAUUCGGCGAAUUCCGUUAUCAGCGUCUACUAACUCAAGAAAUACACAUGUUUUGGCAGAAGAAAAUCAUUGCGAUGUGAAACGGCAGUUAAAAAAUUGUCUA